UGUGGUGGGAAAUUACCAAAGCUUUUCUGAAACCCACUUCUCUAAGUUAUCUUCCUUCAGUCUUUCUCCAAAAUCCCUCUGCAAACUAUAUUUAUAUAUAUAUUUAUAUAUUUAUGCUUACAAUGUGUAAUAGUGUAUAAGAAUCUUAUACCGCUUGAACAAGAAUACCCAAAACCAAAACAGCAACAAUGCUCUCCAAGUGUUUGUUUCCUGUUCUUGUAGUGGCUCUGUUUUUGUCUUACAACACCCAAACCGCCAUAGCUGAUGUCUCAUCCGGUAGGUCCGGUGGGAGAAUGGGUGGCUCUUCAUUUGCUUCAUCUUCUUCGUUUAAGCAUUCUAGCCCUCCUCCUCCUUCUUCCUCGUUUAAACAUUCGAGCUCUUCUUCUUUUUCGUCUUCUUCGCGUGGGUUAGAUGAGUCAGAAGAUCCUUCUAUUUCAUUUUCGUUUUCUGGGUAUUUUAGUAAUGAGCCUCGAAGAAGGAGUUCUACAUUUUCAUCACCACCAUCACACUUCCGUAAUUACCAUUACUCGCCGGAUGUUUCGACGGAAACGACCCGUCAUUUUGAUCCCUCGAGUUCCACUGUGUCAGAGGAAGAGACCGAGAAUGAAAAGAAGGGUUCUUAUAGCGGUCUUUUAAUAUUCUUGGGUACUGUAAUAUUAGCAAUUGGGGGAUUUCUCUAUUUGACUGAACCCUGGUACGAAGCAAGUGUUCUAAUGGUUCAGGUUGGGUUAUCUGGAAAGGCUACAGUGCUUCUUGGAGAUCUUAAUCGAAUUGCAGAAACUGCUGAUACAUCGGAUGUUAAAGGUUUUCACCAAGUUCUGCAAGAAACCGUGUCAGUUCUGCUCCAACACCGUGAUUACUGGAUAUCUGGUUUUACAUAUGUAGAUAAAAAUAAGAGUGUUACGGAAAGCGAAAAGAGCUUUAACGAACAUUCCUUGGAAGAGCGAAAGAAGGUUGGAAUAGAGUCACUUGUCAAUUUCAACGGCGAGCAAAAAAGAACCUCCACACUGAAGGGGAACAAACUUGAAAAGAACUACAUAGUGGUUACAGUUCUUCUUUCCAUUCGAGGUGUGAAGAACCUUCCUUCCAUUAAAACCUCUAAGAACUUGGAAUCAUCCCUGGAAUCUCUGAGAUUUGUCUCUCUCGCUGACAUGAUGGCAGUGGAGGUACUCUGGACUCCACAAGACGUGAAAGAUAUGCUAUCAGAAGAUGACCUGCUUGAAAAUUACCAUCAUUUGAGGCCAAUAUGACAUUAUAACAUGGUGUGCUUAGGAUUACUCGAGAGUUGUACUUGUAGAUAUCAUUGAUUAUAGAAUUAGUUUCUUGGUGAUUUGGUUUUAAGGACUAAUUUCAAUAAAGAACAUGAAUAGGGAUUUUUUUUGGGGGUAUAAAGGAAAGAGAAAAGGAAAAAUCAGAAAUGUAAGGGAGAUAAAAUAAGGUAGAAAGGAGAAUGUAUUUCUCUGAAAGAAAAAUAAUGAAGAAUGUUGGAUUUUGCAUCUUCUAUUGGUACUUGGGACUGUUCUAGGUGUUGUGCCAAAAGAAAAAAAAAUAUCUACGUUUUUAAGUGAACUUGAUUGUACAUUGUGGCGACUAAUGUAUUGAAAACAUCUAUUAAUUAAAGAUCUAAGCUAUUGAUUAAAGAAAA